AUGUCUAUAUUGAUCACUGGCGCUGGUGGUUACGUUGGCCAAGAGCUGGCCGCUGCCUUCCUCGCCAGCACACCCGCUACCACCACUGUUACAAUCACCGAUGUCGUUGAACCAGCAGUGCCCAAGUCAGCCACCGAAUAUGGCAGUCGUCUUUCCUGCGUCCGCGCAGACCUUACCUCACCCAAAGAGGUAGACGAAUUGAUCAGUGCCUCCCGUCCAUUCGAGACCGUUUACCUCCUUCAUGGAAUCAUGUCCAGUGGGGCCGAGGCGAAUUUUGAGCUGGGGACUCGAGUCAAUCUCGAUGCAACAAGAUACAUUCUUGACCGAUUACGCGUUACCAUGCCUGGUAUAAAGGUGGUCUUCACCUCCUCAUUAGCAGUCUACGGCCUCGCACCACCGGGCCUUCUCCCAGACGAGUUCAACUUUCCUCCUGUGCCCUCAACCUCCUACGGAACACAGAAGCUCAUCAUCGAGCAUUUGGUAACUGACUACUCCCGCCGUGGGUUCUUGGAUGGUCGAUCCGUGAGACUCCCAACCGUGACUGUUCGCGCAGGCGCACCUACACAGGCUGCAAGCAGUUUUGCUAGUGAUAUUAUUCGUGAGCCAUUCCAUGGCAAAAAGGCCAUUCUGCCUGUAGGCAGAGAUGUUGAGAUGUGGAUCUGCUCGCCGCACACUAUUGUCAAGAAUUUGAUGCAUGCGCGUGACGUCCCUGCUGGGGCUUUCGGCACUUCGCGAUCAGUCAAUCUUCCUGGACUCAAGGUGAGCGUGCAAGAAAUGUUGGAUGCUCUGGAGGCUGUUGGUGGUAAGGAGCGACUCGCAUUGGUGGAGGAGAAGUAUGAUGCUGCCGUGGACAAGAUUGUGCAGACAUGGACUCCUCAAUUCUCCAAUGAGAGAGCCUUCAAGCUUGGAUUUUCGCCGGAUAUUUCUAUGGAGGAGAAUGUUAAGCACUUUGCUAGUGCCUUUGUAUAG